CUAUUAUUCUAGCAAAAGCGCUAAUCGCGCACUCUCAAAUGCGAAUCGAGUCGGAGUCGCUCUUGCCGCCGAUUCCUGGUAUGUAGUGAGGUCACCGAACGGUUCUAACCAGGGAAUUUUUUUGCCACCCAGACAGCAAAACGGCCGCCAGUUUUCAAGCGGGCGAAAGUGUUUUUUGACGAAAAAGAUUUUCAAUUAUCAAGCGGACGGGGCUUUGCCGUCAAACAAGCCCGGUCGAAAACUAUCGAUUCGCACUUGAUAAAACGACGCAGGGGAGCUGGCAAAAGGGGCGCCCUUCUGAGGCGCCCACCGCCUUAGUUUCUGGCGAUUUGGGGCGCCCAAAAAGGGGAGCGCAAAAAACGCGCCCAAAAUCAGAACAGCGAAACAGCAUGGCGCGGCCGCGAUUUCGGAGCAUUUUGGGCGGCCGCGAAAGCGGCCGCCUUUUCGCCGGUUUCAGAGCCGGGGAAGCUUUGCAAAAAGCGCCGGCGCGAAAAAUAAAAACGCGAAAAAGAAAAAGCGGCCCGUACGCGCAAAGCCAAUCCGCAUGCUAUGGGCCCGAUUUUUCUUCGCUUUUUGGGUGCCCCCCGUGGCACCCGGAUCGGCCCCAUAGCAUGGGGGCUGGCCUUCGGAAAGGAGCUUUGCAAAUGUGCUGAAAUUUGUGACGUUUCUCAAGUGACCGCCAUACCGUGCGGCAUAACGUUACUCAGGGCGGUAUGGCGAGCCCAGAAAAAGCAAAGCCGCGGCCAAGGCAGCGGUCGGCAAAAAAACGUCCACGACCUCACUACCCCCGCCCCGGCGGCUAUAUUUGGUAGACUACAUGUAGCCACUACGAGCGGUGCGAGUACUAGAACCGCCCGAGGGAAAAUCCUUCUCUGUGUUUCCGGCGACAUUGAAUCCACUUACAACCAAGCAAACCAUGUCCUUCCCAUCCCCCUCUCCCGGCGGUCUCGUCAUCUCCCCCGCCCGCUUGAAACUCUUCGCCACCGUCUACGGGCCGGGUGGAAAAGUUAUCCGGCCGCUGCACUUUUCCUACGCACAGAAGAACAGCAAAACUUUGCUCCUCCGUCUGGAGUUCGAGCAAAACGUGUUGCAGCUGCUCCGGGCGAAAUUUGUCAGCGUGGAAACGGCGAACAAUGUGAUAAUCGAUAUGUGGGUGUCAGGAUUGAAAUCGACAAAGCUGAACAAAUAACCUGUAAUGUAUAAAACCGAUACCAAUUUGACCCACAGUUUCUAGUCGGCGCAUGACAAAUUUUGUCCGUAUUGAAAGGCAGUUUGUCAUGUUGUUUAGGGCAAAGGGGCUCCCCUCUGUCAUGCGAAUCAGCAUCCCAAUGCUCGACCCUUACCAGCACUAAGUACAAUCUGCCUUCCUUGCGUCCUCUGCAAUAGAGGCAAUCUCUGCGUUGCAUUUUAUGCAUGACCUGACGAUUUCCAUUCUGACGCGUCCAUAAUCGAAACUCGGGAAGUCCGGGACGACGGAGACGAAAACUCAACUGCCAGCUCGACGGCGUCGGCCGAUGGCGAGGACAAAGCAGAUGCUGAAACGAAAACCACCGCAUCUCCAUCUUCGGUCAAGAAGAGGAAAAGGUCCAAGUCCCGCUGGUUUGAAAAUGGGUUAGCGAAGAUUUUUGCCGGCACAGGUAGCAAUUCAAACAAAUUCGAGUACGAGGUCACCUUGCGGAUUCCGAACAACGACGAAGAGGCUCCGCUGUUUGGCCAGACACCAAUCCAGGCUGCGCGGAUGUUUCUGUUGCAGAGAAGAGGAAGGAGUAAGUCGCCAUCUACUUCAACAGCGGCUGGUCCAGAAGAUUCACCGUCUCGAUCUGGUGCGCAGGAGUCCUCCUCGUCGCGGAGGGGAGAACAAGCCGGCUCCUCAUCUGCAGCAAAAACUGCAGCUUCAGCAUCACAACCACCAGCAACCGCAGGAACAGGGGCUCUCGCCCGCGGCCGCGCCCAUCUCAACCGGCUGGAGCAACUGUCGGCCGCGGCGCAGACGAACCAACUCGCCAACGCCGCUUCCGCUUCGUCCCGCUCCGUGAUCCAUCUAGCGAAUUUGAUCGAAUACGGCACCGGCACGCGGCAGAUUAUGCCCUGCAAAAGUAUCGCGCUAGUAGUAUUGCAUUUGCAAUACAAAUCAGCUGAGCAUGACAAAUGGAAUUUCUCAUGCUGGUUUAGCUUGAAAAAGAAAUUUGUCUUGCAUUACUGUGAUUACUACAUGAGUGCGAUACUUUUGCACAGGAUACAGAUUUGGCGUGAGCAGAUUGUGAGACAGGAGUUAGUCCCGGAAGAGCAAGUCCGAUACCGCAUAACGGAGAAUUUCUCCGUCGGCGACGCGACCGUUUCCGGAGCAGGAACUGGAGGGUGUAUCCACAGAAAAAAACCCAUCCACAUCCAAUUUGUCAUGCAAAACACGCAUCAAGUGAUGUGUUUGCCAUGCAAAAAAAGUGAUGUGGAUGGUUUUUUUUUUUCUGUGGAUAGGGUGUUUUGGCUUUCUAGUUGGGUACGGACUGGCGUUUUUGUCAACACCACCUUCUCCAGGGGCGACAACACCACUUCCUGGGGCUUUUUCGGGUGGUGCAGGAGGUGCAGGAACAACUGCAACAGCUGCUUCGGCAUCAACAAAAACAGCAGCAGCGGGAUCUGCAGCAUCUGCAUCUUCAGCAACUUCAGCUUCCGGAGCAGGAGCAGGUCCAGCUUCUUCCAGUACAGUUCUGAAAACCCUGAAGGCGGUGGCGCUCGCAGCUCCACACGCGUUGGUCCCAGCGAGCGUAUUCGCGUUGCUCGGCGUUUUUUACGGCGGGGUUUUCGGGUAUUUGAAGGAUGUGACGAGAAAUGACCCAGUGCAAGAGUUUGAGGAAUACGGGUGUAACUCUUUCUUGGUUGAUUUCUUGGAUGUCCUCAGAAACCCGAGCGGCAGACGGAUGACCGCGCAAGACCGAAUGUACCUGGGCCUGACUGCGUAGAAGAGUUGAUGUUUGCGACUCGUCCUCACAGUCUUCCUGGCUCAGACGGUGCAUUCAUACUUCAAAUUCUUCUUCAUCAACAUGAAAAUAAUAACAUCGCAAACCACAACGCUACCACUUUGUAAGUUCAUCCAUUGGAAGAAUUUUUCAAUAUUGAUAGCGUCGGCCGGCGGGGGGCACUGGCUUCACUUUCAACGGCGUGCUGGUCAACAGCGUGUAGGCAACUUGAGUUCAUCAUCAUCUCACAGAUUGAGAUCAUUAGGACUAUGGCUAU